AGUCCAGCUUGGGUUUGUCUUUCUGUAAUUCCAGGAUCUAUCCAGGAAAACCGUUGUGCUCCAGCUGUUACUAGAACCUGCAUUUCUUUCAUUAUUCACCCUUGAAAAUCAAGGAAAUAUGCUUCAUCUGAUUUACAGCGCAUUGAUCUUGUCUGCUUCUUUCAACACAGUUUCAAGCUCCUCAUCAGAUGAGACAGAUUGGUCAACACCUGCCUGGAUUGCAGGAGGAGCAGUUGCUGCAUUAGUUGCUGCCCCUGUUGUUGUUGCUGCAGCUGGAUUUACUGGUGCUGGAAUAGCAGCUGGAUCCAUCGGAGCACAAAUGAUGUCUGCGGCAGCAGUGGCUAAUGGAGGAGGAGUAGUAGCAGGCGGCAUUGUAGCAACUCUCCAGUCUAUUGGAGCUGCUGGAAUCUCGACUGCUGGUGCUGCUGCCGUAGGAAGUGUCGGUGCCUUGGGUGGUUAUGUAGCAAAAGCAGUUUUUCAGGAUUCUGAAGAUGAGCCCUAAAGCUCAUGAGCUGCUUUCAAGUAGAUACUUAGAAGGAAUUAGUGAGGAUUUAUCUAUUAGAUGAAGGACUGAAAUAAUCAUAUCCUAUAAGAAGGUAAUAAGCAAUGAAAUAUUUUCUGCUGACUAUAAAUGAAUAACUUUGAAAUAUUUUUAAUUUUAGUAUGGAUGUUUCUAUUCUCUUUCUGCUAUUUUGAUGCCCUGUUAGCUAUUUUCUCAAUUAGAAGUGGAUUAAAAAACCUUCAGAUGUUGUCGUUCUAUAGCUGGUCAUAGAGUAAAUGCAAACAUUCAGAUUGAUGACUACAUUAAAUAGAAAUGACAAGUGUCUGUGAUGCUGACGGCGUCAUGCUGAAUGUAAUACCAGUGCCACUGCAGUUCACUGCAAGAAUGAAAUUUGUCUGUCUGGAGUAAGGCUUAUGCCUGAAAUGUCGAUUCUCCUGCUCCUCGGAUGCUGCCUGGCCUGCUGUGAUCUUCCAGCACCACAUUUUUCAACUCUGACUCCAGCAUCUGCAGUCCUCACUUUCUCCUAGGGCAUUUUAAGGUUAUCUUCAAAAUGUUACAAGAUCCAUUUGUCGCAAUAUCUCCUCUUAUGUAUCAAAUGGGGUCUGAUCAUGCUCUUGUGAAGCCAUUUGGGAUGGUUUGUUACAUUAAAGGUGUUAUAAAAAUA